AUGAUGCGAACGUCAACGAUCACUUUGCUAAUAUUCUGGUCGACUGUCUCAUCUGGUGCAUCUAGUUUUUGGCCAUUGCCUAAAAACAUCUGCAAUUCUCCUCUGAAUUUACAAUCUACUAAAUCACCAGCCACAGUCGUUGGAAAUGGUACUCCUAGCUCCUGUCAUCAAACAGCGCUAGCAGCUGCACUCCUCAAAGGUGGUAUCAUUGUAUUUAAUUGUGGAGGACAACCGAUUAGUAUUCCAAUCAAUAACGAGCUGCAGAUAUCUAAAACGAAUGAUACGGUUAUUGACGGAGCAGGUUUAGUUACAUUGAAUGGUUUGGGUAUUACUCGCAUCAUGAAAUUUGAUCGUGGAGAUUUUCGGUAUGCUACACCAACAUUAACUGUUCAGCGACUCAGAUUUGUCAAUGGAUAUUGCAAGGACGCUGAUGGUGGUUGUGCUAUUUUACAGAAAAAUGGUGGAACAACAAUCGUGAUUGACUCCAGUUUUGAGAAUAACAUUGGUCCUACGAUAGGUCAAGAUGUUGCCGGAGGUGCCCUGUGGACAAUAGGUGGUGGUGAUACGACCANUCGUGGAGAUUUUCGGUAUGCUACACCAACAUUAACUGUUCAGCGACUCAGAUUUGUCAAUGGAUAUUGCAAGGACGCUGAUGGUGGUUGUGCUAUUUUACAGAAAAAUGGUGGAACAACAAUCGUGAUUGACUCCAGUUUUGAGAAUAACAUUGGUCCUACGAUAGGUCAAGAUGUUGCCGGUGGUGCUCUGUGGACAAUAGGUGGAGGUGAUACGACCAUUGUUCGAAGUGUUUUUCGCGACAAUAAAUGCUCGAAUGGAGGUGGAAUAGGCAUUCUUGGUAGUGGAUUAUAUAUCUACAAUAGUCAUUUUCAAAAUAAUCAAGCUACGGGCAAUGGUGGUAAUCCAGGUUUGGGCGGUAAUGGAGGUGCAAUUUCUUUUGAUGGACGCGGGAGAAUCAAUAGCAUAUGUGGAACGCGAUUUACAAGUAACCAAGGAAACAAAUUUGGAGGCGCCUUCUUUCGCGUAUCUUACAAUGGAAAUGAGACAAAUAAUUUCGAUUCCGUUUUGGUGGAUAGCAAUGUUAUUCCUAUAGACAGCAACGGAUUAGCAGGUGGGUUAUACAUUCAAGGUGGCAGUGCGUCCAUUCGCAAUUCAAUCAUUGCAAAUAAUUCAGCAGGAGGUGCCGGUGGAUUAUUCUUAGCCGACGAAAAGUCUGUCACGCUGAUUGGUGUGAAUUUCUACGAGAAUCAAGCUUAUACAGGUCUUGGUGCCGCGGUAUAUUGUAGUAACCCUGUAUCGGGUUCAUUUACUGGUUUAACGGUUGCCAAUAACUAUGCUGGUGCAUUCGGUGCUGCAUUUGCCUCUUGCGGUACGACCGUAACACUUUCAAGCUCAGUUAUUGCAAACAACACUGUUGGUAACCCUUGGCCAGCCAAUGCAUGUACUAGUACGAUGACUCAUGGGACAAAUGUAGUUCAAUCUCCCAUGAAUAAACAAAGUCCUGCCUCCGGAACGGAUUCUCCAUGCACGAAUGGUCCAGUGACAAUGACAAACAGUGUUUCAAUCUCAUUAGAUAAAACAACGUGGAAAAUUCAGGCGACCGGAGCGCAAGUCGGAUACGUUGGCCCGAACAUCGUCCCCGGUUUAUAA